ACCGCCCCCAACCCUGAGCUUGUGUCAGUGUCGUGCCAGCUGACAGCCUGACGUCAAGGCAGGCAGCACAGGCUGAGAGAGGCUCUGCUGUGGCUGACACAUCGCUCUCUCUCUCUCGCUCUCUGUGCUGUAGUAAAAUUCCGCUCAUUCUGGAGGCUCAAGCUAUCUACACACACCACCCUCCUGACUCCCUCCCCAGCCCCCUCCCUUAACCUUUCACUGCAGCCAGUUUCCUGAGCGAGUCGUCGCCUCCUCCACCUCUGCCAACCAGCAGGAGGCUGACACCUGAAUGGAGUUCUUCAGCCGGCACAUCUCCAGUCGCACAUUUCCAGCGGCAGCGGCAACACCGGCCGCUUUGUAGCAGUCCGGGUAACUUGGUGUGCCACGCACAGAAUCCUUGUACAUCUCGCAGCUUGAUCCCAGAGGACACGAUGUACAGUAUUCAGCAUCCAAUGUAUACAUGUUAAGCUCUUUGUAUGUGCGCGCGGAGGGAAGGAACAGCAGAUACGACAGUGGAGACCCUCCAGCUCUGAAAAUUGAUUUGAUUUACGGGGGACGUCGAGAGUGAACCUGUUUGCAUGGCGUGGUUUGGAUUGCAGACAUUCAUGUCAUUUUGCCUCGUGGGCUUUGUAUCAGUAAUGUUGUUAAUGCACCCACCUUCUGUGGAUGCAGAAACACCUGGACCUGCAAGUUCUCCAAAGCAAAACAGCUCCUGCAUGGGCAACUAUGAAUGUAAGCAGGGAGUUAUUUUGCCAAUAUGGUACCCAGAAGAUCCAUCCCUUGGAGAUAAAAUUGCCAGAGUUAUUGUUUACUUUGUGGCAAUGAUCUACAUGUUUUUGGGAGUCUCCAUUGUAGCAGACCGCUUUAUGGCAUCUAUAGAAGUGAUUACCUCGCAGGAAAAAGAAAUUACCAUCAACAAACCCAAUGGAGAGACAAACACGACGAUGGUACGAGUUUGGAAUGACACUGUGUCCAACUUAACGCUUAUGGCUUUGGGAUCAUCUGCUCCAGAAAUCAUGCUCUCACUGGUUGAAGUUUGUGGCCAUGGGUUUGAAUCUGGUGAGCUUGGUCCUGGUACCAUUGUGGGCAGUGCAGCUUUUAAUAUGUUUGUCAUUAUUGCCAUCUGCGUAUAUUCCAUUCCUGAUGGCGAGACCAGGAAGAUCAAACACCUACGUGUUUUUUUUGUCACAGCCGCUUGGAGCAUUUUUGCCUACAUCUGGCUGUACAUGAUCCUUGCCGUCUUUUCACCCGGCAUUGUACAGGUGUGGGAAGGGUUGGUCACCUUUUUGUUCUUCCCCAUCUGCGUCCUACUCGCCUGGAUCGCUGACCGCAGACUCCUUUUCUACAAGUAUGUGCGGAAGAAGUAUCGCACCAACAAGAACCGGGGCCUCAUCAUCGAGACCGAAGGUGAACAUCCCAAAGGUAUCGAGAUGGACGGCAAGCUAGUGAACUCUCACUUCAUGGAUGGGACACUGGCAGCCUUGGAUGGGAAAGAAGUGGACGAAUCCCGCAAAGAGAUGAUCCGCAUCCUUAAAGAACUGAAGCAAAAGCACCCUGAGAAAGAACUCGAUCAGCUGGUGGAAAUGGCGAACUACUAUGCUCUUUCCCACCAGCAGAAAAGCAGGGCCUUCUAUCGAAUCCAAGCCACCAGGAUGAUGACUGGCGCAGGCAAUAUCCUGAAGAAGCACGUGUCCGAGCAAGCCAAAAGAAGCAUGAGCAUCCUUGAGGUGAGGCCGGACACUCCUGAAGAUCUUUGCUCCCGCAUUUUCUUUGAGCCAUCUGCUUACCAGUGCCUGGAGAACUGUGGUGCGGUGUCACUGACUGUGAUCCGCAAAGGCGGGGACAUCUCCAACACGGUGACCGUGGACUACAAGACGGAGGAUGGCUCGGCCAACGCCGGUGCAGACUAUGAGUUUAGCGAAGGAACCCUGGUCUUCAAGGCAGGUGAAACACAGAAAGAAAUCACCGUUGGCAUCAUCGAUGAUGACAUCUUUGAGGAAGACGAGCAUUUCUUUGUGCGGCUUAACAACCUCAGAGUGAUGGAACUGGAAGAUGCGCUGGAGCCAAACAGCGUGCCGUACCCGAAAGCUUUGAUCGUUUCCCCACUUGUUGCCACUGUGACUAUUCUAGAUGAUGACCACGCAGGUAUCUUUACAUUUGAAAGCGAUGUUGUCCAUGUCAGUGAGAGUAUCGGAGUGAUGGAAGUGAAAGUGCUGAGAACGUCUGGGGCACGUGGGACAGUCAUCGUUCCCUUUCGGACGAUAGAAGGAACGGCAAAAGGGGGUGGCGAGGACUUUGAAGACACCUAUGGGGAGCUGGAGUUUAGAAACGAUGAGACUCUCAAAAGAGCUCAGAUCAAAAUAAUUGAUGAUGAGGAGUAUGAGAAAAACAAGAAUUUCUUCUUUGAGCUGAAGGAGCCACGCAUGGUCGAUAUGAGUUUACAGAAAGCUCUCUUAUUGGCACAGCCGGAGGAUGCUAACCGUAAACUGACAAUUGAGGAGGAGGAAGCAAAACGCAUUGCAGAAAUGGGGAAACCCAUUUUGGGUGAACAUCCAAAAUUGGAGGUCAUCAUUGAAGAAUCUUAUGAAUUUAAGAGCACAGUGGAUAAGCUCAUAAAGAAGACGAAUCUUGCGCUUGUGGUCGGGACACAUUCCUGGCGGGAUCAGUUCAUGGAGGCCAUCACAGUCAGUGCAGGUGAUGAAGAAGAUGAAGAUACAGGGGAGGAGAGGCUGCCUUCAUGCUUUGACUACGUGAUGCACUUCCUGACCGUCUUCUGGAAGGUUCUGUUUGCCUGCGUACCACCCACUGAAUAUUGGAAUGGCUGGGCCUGCUUUGUAACGUCCAUUCUCAUCAUUGGCAUCCUGACAGCCAUCAUUGGAGAUCUGGCCUCUCACUUUGGUUGCACCAUUGGCCUGAAAGAUUCAGUCACUGCUGUGGUAUUUGUAGCUCUUGGCACCUCUGUACCUGAUACCUUUGCCAGCAAAGUGGCAGCCUCACAGGACUACUAUGCAGAUGCCUCCAUCGGGAACGUCACUGGAAGCAAUGCGGUCAAUGUUUUCCUGGGCAUUGGAUUGGCGUGGUCUGUUGCUGCCAUCUACUGGGCAUCCCAGGGCAAGGAGUUCCGAGUGGAAGCAGGCACCCUGGCCUUUUCUGUCACUCUCUUCACCAUCUUUGCUUUUGUCAGCGUGAGCAUCCUGCUGUACAGGAGGCGGCCGCACAUCGGGGGAGAGCUUGGGGGUCCGCGGGGACCCCGCAUUGCCACCGCCGCAUUAUUUGGUGGAUUGUGGUUACUAUACAUUCUGUUCUCUUGUUUGGAAGCCUACUGCUAUAUAAAGGGGUUCUAAAGCAAAGGGGCCUUUGUGCUACCCCCAAAGAGACACAUCACUUGAAUCUCUUCGAACACAAUGCAAUACUUGCCAACAAUAUUCCACUCUUAAAAGAAACACUGGAGAUGGUCCCAUUGAAGAGGGCAGCACAUGUCCCACAAAUAAAUAAAAACAUGACAUUUUGUAGAGGACAGUCCUGUGUCUUCAUCAGUCGCUCCUGAGCUUUCUUGCCUUACUGAAGGGUUUUUAUGAAACUAAUGUUAGGGGGAGGGGUGGGUUAGGUAGUGCUUAGGUCCUGUUGGGUUACCUGAAUUGAAUUGGAUGAAGGAUUGUUUAAUUGAACUGUCAACUAAGGAAGAAAAGAACAGCAAUGAGAACUGCCGUUUAUGAGUAUUGCCCUGCUGUGUGUCCAUAGCAAUUACUGUGUUCAGUCCUUCCUCUGGAGAGUAAAUCCACCCAAAGCAAAUAGUCUCAAAGAACAAACUGGAUGGCAUUUACAUCACGGGCUGGCAGUGGGAUCCACUUGAAAGCACGCCUAUAGCAGAGACCUAAUUUAAUUUAAUUACAAAUCCUGUACGCUUUGGAACCCUGUUUUAAUGUAGCUUGCUUGCAUCAUCACAAAUGAAAAGAGCCAAGGCAAGCACAUGGAAGGCAAAAGCUGAGCUCAAACCCUUCAGAAUACUCGUUCAGUUCUUCAGGAAGGGCUGGGUUCACAGAAUUGGUGCACUGGGUUGCGACGUUAAUUCUGCCUUGCCAUUUACUAAGAAAGAGACAAGUAGCAUUCAGAGUCUGAUGGAUUAGCUUAAUUUGCCCCAUGAUUGAUCUGGAAUAUUGGAACAGAAGCUAACUCCUGCCACUCACUCAGUUCACAGCUAGAGCCAUCCUUAAUUCCAAUUGCCUGGAAUGGUAAUAAGUGGGAUGAGAGCCUCGGAGAGUAGUUGAGGUGGCGUCACGUCUGUUAUAUUUAUUUUACUCAAUCUCAGGAGGUGGACGUUGCCAGCACGUCUGCUAUUUAUCGUCCAAUGUGAAUUGUGCUUAAGAAGCAGAUGGUGAACUGCCAAAUUGUGGCGAAUUUACUCUUUUAAAAGCAUAAUAAAUCUGAGAGGUCCAGGAUUUUAAUUUCAUAACCGCACUGGGCACUGGGACUUAAGCACACAUCAUUGUGGCAAUAUUCCCCUGUAUUUAUGGUCCAUGGUCAAGAGGCGUAGCAGGUGCUGCUGAGGAAGUAUUGGCAGGUUACCGCAGUGUGCCUUAUGCACACAACAAGAAUGGAGAAGCUGUAGUGGAGGGAGUGAGUGAGUGAGUGAGUGAUUAAAUCGGAAAGUGGGUUGCUGAUAGGAUGGGGCACUUAAUUCUGAUGGUGUGGAGGUUCUUGAGUGUCCCUGAUACCAUGUUCAUUUAGACCACAACAUCUGGGUUGUGACUUGUGAAUGGCGCAACAGCCUUGGGGAGUUACAAGGUAAGACUCUGUAAUCUGCUUUCAUAGGCUUGGCUUUUAUGUGGCUGGCUCAUGUAAUGUUUCUCUUUAAUGGCGACCCCCAGGUUGUUAAUGGUGGAGAGUAGAUGAUCAUAAUGCCAUUACAUCCCAAGGUAAAACUGUUAGAGCUGAUCUUGUUGAAAAUGGUCAAAGUCUAUAACUUGUACAAUGUGACUAUUAUUUCAGAACUGCUCAAGGCUGAUUAUUGCGGAAGCCUUGCUCACAGUAGGCACGGAACUGAUCGUUGUCUAGGGAAAGCAAAUAGAAGGGAACUUUGAGCAACCAUCAGCAAACUUCCCAACUUCUGCGAUGGAAGGAAGAUAAUUAAUAAGGCAGCGAUGACAUCAGGCUGGAACAGUGCCCUCCAGGACAUACUGGAGCUAGGAUGAUUGUCUCUUGUCAGUACGUCCCCUGGAUUCCCAUUAACUCCUGGUUUCUCAAGACCUUCCUGUAUGACUCUUGGUUUAAUACUACAUUGAAAUGAAGAGCAGUCGCCAUCUGGAAUUCAGUGCUUGGGUCCUUGCCCAAGCAUCCCCUUCACAUCAUAGAACAUUCAGCUGCCUGAUUGUCCAUAAUCAGCGCUGCAAUCUUAGCAACCUAAUUCAGAACACAAGACGCCGAAUGCAUUAUACAGUGUAAACAUUUCACCUGGGUCAAGGUUAGGGGAAGCAAACAGCACAAUUAUUAGGUUCGUGCUUACAGCAGCAUCAAAGUAUGCUUACUGUGAAAAUGAGAUCUAAUAGACUGGUGACAUUAACGGUUCCGGGGAGAAGGUGCACGUUACGUUUUGAAUGCAAAAUGUCUAGGAUGGCAGGCGCAGUCAUAAAAUAGAUACUCAAAAGUGCUCUUAUUUUUCCUGCUGUAUAUCUUCUUCCCAAUGUUUUUGAGAGGAAAACAAAAGCCUAUCCUACAGAAGCAUAGUUCAUUUACUUGCGGGGGUAAUCAUGUUCAUCGUUCAGUUUAGCCUAGUGCUGUUAAUGCUGAUGAGUUUAUUGGAUUGUUGUUUAUGUCCAAGUAAUGAUCCUCUUUUUUCAGAGAAAGUCUGCAUGGAAAACUUCUGUGUAUUUGUGUGCAUAUCUUUCUUUCUGGCUCGAAAAGGUUUGAGUAAAAUUACACAAAAAAACUGAAUUUACAGAAAAAGGUAUUAGUUUGCUUUAAACAUUUUUCCUUAAUUAGUUAAAGUUGUUCUAGGUUUCGAAGUGAUAAAUUGUAGUUGCGUUGACUGCAGUUGUUUUUGAUUUAGGUGCACUCUGGUACACAUGACAGUGAUGGAGUUAAUGUUUUUGUUCAAUUGGCAAUGCAAAUGGUCUUUUUUGCGCAAUAAUUUAAGUUUUACAGCUUUUGUUUGAUAAGGGUAGUCUGUACCUCUUUCAUAUCUGGGGGGCAAAGUGUGCAAACCUGUCCAUAGCCUUGCAUUACACUCAUGUUUAGGAUCAUUUUUGGGUAAACCUUUGCUCCUUGCUUGUCCCCAAUCCCCUUGGACACAUCACUGCAAGGGUAGUGAAGAUAUCCAUCAGACUAAAUGUCUUUGCCCCAUAGAGACAGAUCAAGUAUUCUUAAGGUAUCUAAAAGUAUUCCAAGAUUAUAUUUACGAGCAAGAUCCUUGAGGUAAAUCUUACUGCUCACCGCCCCGGUCCUUCGCCUCAACAGUGGUACAAGUGUAGCUGUUAACAAUUGGUACUUUCAUCCAGCUUGGACAUGGAGCAGGCAAUUACCCUGAGAGAUUGUAGCACCUAAGAAUUUAAAUGAUGAUGGCUGUGGGUAUGUGUUUUCUCCACUGUGGCCUGACACGAUCAAGUGUUUUACUUCUAUAUAGUACAGGAAAAGAGGCCCCGCUUUAUAUCCCACAGAUGUAUUCCACCGUUCACUCAAUAUAAGAAAACGAUUUCAUGCAGUAAAUACUACUUAAAACCUCUUUCUAUACACCAGAGAUGCCCACUUUAUAUCACAUGGUCAAACACUCAUAGCUUGUAUGCUGAUGUCGUUAAGGGUGAAUAUAAUAUCUUUAAACCUGCUGUUCUCUCCCAGGUGACUCUUUAUACAAGCCGUCGGAUGACAUUUUAUACAGAUUCUCAACUAACUCUUUCUGCAGUUUUUCCACUCUAGCCAGAUUCUUUAUACAAAAUAAUUCACUACAGACAGUACCUUCAAGACCUUCUUAAGCCUCGAGGAUAUACUGUAGGCAUGACAAAGGUAAAUCUUUUAGACAUAAAUGGCCCCUUUAUACAGAGACUUUGUGACAUCCGACUCUUAUAUUGAAUAACUCAGUGAGGGAGAGCCCUUUAUUAAUGUUGUAGUUGUACCCUGUAGCUGAUCAUUUAUCCUGGUGAAACCGCUGUAAAUUGUAUCAUUGUACAUUGGUAAGGCAGUAUCAUUUGCAGAUUCAAAAUCAUUUCACAGACAAGCUUAAGAUAAUCUCCACAAUCUGUCAAAAAGAAAAUAUAGAAGGCUAAUUAAUUCAACUCUGAAAAGUCUUCUGAAGCAAUGGGUACAUCAUCCAUCUCAGUUCCUGAAAGUAAAGAUGGGGUAGAGGGUUGGGGCGGAUGGGAUGGGAGUCGGGCGUCCAGGAGGUAUCUGGUGGAUUUGGAUUGGUGUAACAUUGUCGGUAGCAAAUCGGCAGACUGCGUUAUAUUUCUCCAUUAAUUUCUAUUUCCGUUGGUUUCAAUGGAGAAGUUGGACUUAGCUGCCGACCUGCCUGUUGUAUUCUGUCUCACAAAGUCAAGAUCUACCCGCACAUGCUUUCGUUUUUUCCAUGAGUGAAAGACAGUGUUUUGAAGCAUUGUUACUUUUCAUGUAGUAUCGGGUUGUGCAAGUUCCAUUUUCUUUGAAUGACUUGGCAUCCCACCAGGCUCAGCUGUAACCAGUUCACUUCUGGAGCCUGAAGAUGAUGGAAAGCAAAGACCAGGCAGUAGAAAUAAAACAUCUCAGCUCUGGGCUUGUCCACUGCCAUGACGAGUGCAAGCAAAACACGGAUUGGUUUUCCACACAAACAGACCACAUUCAAGUUAGAAACCAUUUGUAGGUAGUGGUUUUUGUAACCAAUUUUCUAUCCUUUGUCUGCAUGCUUUGCAUGUUGCAUUGAAUGGAAUUGUUUUUUUUUCCUUUCCAUUGUUGUCUUCUGAUUUUUUUUCCUGUUGCUUUCUUUUACUGCAUCAAAGAGAUUCUGUACACGGUACCAUGAACUUGUAGCCUAGCUACUUGAAGUAGUUCCAUUUGCUGUGCAUUGUGUUCUUGACCAUCAUGGCUAGAUUUGGUAAAGGCAGGAUUGCUCACCGCGAAGUAGUUCUUUGGGAAAACUUUCGGUAACUGGGUAAUGGCACUGCCUGUUCGCCUGGGCCCUUAGGUGUAAACACCCCAGAAUUACAUUCAAAACUGCUUUGUACAGUAAUCUGAAGGGAAAAUGUGUGAACAUUUACAAUAAAAGACUGA